UUUCCCAAUAAAAGACCUGCCACAGUCUCAAUCCCCAGCUUUGGCAUGAUGGCUCUGCUGUCUCCUUGGGCCUGCAUACUAAUUAGCUGCUUCUCUGCUUCUUUAGCGGAAGAAUCCAAUCUCUCAGAUCUGUAUCCCCCACUAUGGGAGGAGAGUCCUGGUCAGUUCAGUGAGUACACAGUGGAGAAUGGAAAGUACAUUAUUAAUCCCUGGAUAUAUCCUCAGAGAAUGGGGAUGUAUAAAAUUUUACUGAAACAGACAGCCAGGUAUUUUGAAAAAUUUGGACCAGAAAAUGAAAACAAUAUAUUGUGGGGUUUGCCUCUGCAGCAUGGCUGGCAAUAUAACUCAGGUAGAUUAGCUGACCCGAGCAAGAGGACAGACUGUGGCUAUGACUCUGGAGAUCGUUUGUGCAUUUCUACGGACAGUUGGUGGGCUGACUUAAAUUACUUCCUCUGUGCAUUACCCUUCCUUGCUGCGGUUGAUUCUGGCAUAAUGGGGAUAUCACCAGAGCAAGUCACACUUUUGCCACCGCCCAAGGGUCAGAUGAAGUUUUGUGUUAAUGUUUCUACUUGUCAGUCAUCCUUUCCUGAGGCGAUGAGAAAGUGGAAUACCUUCUACAAGCAUGUGCAGAUACCUUAUAGUAGCUUUGAGGACUUGUUGAAGUACUUAUGGGAUGCACAUACCAAAACUUUGGCUGGUGUUAAGACAAUAUUUGAUGACAGUUUUGAAUAUUAUUCUAAACCAGAAUCAAAUUUUGAAAGAAGCUGGUUUUUGAGUGUGGACUAUAUAGCUGUAUUACAGUUUCCUACAACCUUGACUAAAGUAUAUGAAUUCCAGAAGAGUCUGCCACCACGAUUGCUAGUGAAUGGAGAUAUGGCCCCCUUCAUCAGCGACUUUAGUACAAAUCAAAACAUAGUUCUGCUUAGUCUAAAUGUUAUUCGUGAAGUGCAUACCUGGACAGGGUCAUUAUCUUUCAAAAUAUGGAAAAUUUUAAUGAAGACACCAGCUGCAAGAGAGCAACUUCUAAAGUUUUUAGAAAUGAUUCUUCAAAACUCUAAUCCCACAUUUUGAUAAUUAAUGAAUAAGUUAACAGCAGACAUUUUUAAUUUGUUGGGCAUCAGCAAUUUCAAAGUUCAACAUGAUCAUAAGCAUAUAGUUUUCUUGUUUCUGUUGUUUCAGAUUUAUGCUCACUCAUUGGGAUUUUGAAAAUGUAUUCCUAACUAUAAAUUCAAAUUUUGUUCUGAUUAUUUGCUUAAUUAAUAAUUCUUGAUUUUUGAAUUCAUCAAUAUGUGAUUUUGAAUAUCUAAAGAAGUUUGUAUUAAGCUAUCACAAAUCAUUGAGAAAAUAAUAACCAGACAUUAAACCUGCAAUGGCUUGUGUGUUGUUGUCUUAUAUAAUCUAAUUUCAUGAAAUUUAAAGCAAUGUCUUUCUGAUUUAUAACCAAAAUCCAGAAUGUUUAAAAAGAUACUGUCAAUUAAAAUUUUAAAACUCAUAACACUGAACUGGCAAGCAGAAUACCUAACUGAUUUGUU